CUUGGUUGGCCAACAGGAAGUCAACCACACGCUUCCGCAUAGAGAGACUCCCACGUGUUUCAUCAUCAGUCUGUUGCUGUUUAACCCAUCAUGGUUGAGCUAGCUAGCUAAAAGCUCACUUAUUGAGAACUGUCUGCUCUGUUUUGUCAUCCUUUAUAUCAGCAAGAUGACUCCUCUGUGUGGCUGCUGUGGAGAGCAAGUUAAUAAACUGAACCAGCAGAUCUCAGUGAUGAGAAAAGAGAUGAAGAACUUGAGGCAGAUGUUGGACAGUGCAGUUAGAGCUCAUCGCAAACACAUGAUAUCCAUUCAGUCUGCUGUGUCAAAGAUUGGACUCUAUGAAGCUGAUAAAGACCAGACAUCACAACAACCACCACCAGUAGCAUCACCACAGGCUGCAUUAGAGCAAGGAAACAUCCAGACCGCCCCGAUUGGUUACAUCAGCUCCUGCUUCUCUGUGAAGAAUGGGACCCCCAGACAGCCCACCAUCUGUGGCCCCUCAAGGGCCGAACUGCGCAUCCAGCAGAGUGUCUUCAACAACCCUGAGCACGCUCUGGUGGGGCUUGAGCAGUACUCCCAUGUCUGGAUCAUCUUUCUCUUUCACAAAAAUGGGCACUUGAGUUACAAAGCCAAAGUGAAGCCUCCACGACUCAACGGUCAGAGAGUUGGUGUGUACUCGACACGCAGUCCCCACCGACCAAACGCCUUGGGUCUGACUCUAGCUAGACUUGAUCAAAUUGUAGGUGAUACAAUACAUCUGUCAGACAUUGACAUGAUUGCUGGCACCCCAGUCCUGGACAUCAAACCCUACAUCCCAGAGUACGACUCCCCCCACUCCAGGAUGGACUCGGAGCCUUAUGAUUCAAACACAGACCAAGUACAGGCAACUACUGGGUCACCAAAUGAAACAACACACAUAUCAAACCUCGAUAAAGACUCUGAUGAUCAGUCGGACGGUGACUUGGGAAGUCUCCUCUCAAGAGACAAAUCUGAAGCUGAUAUUCCAGUCACAGAUUCAACUCAGUCAGUCAGUGCUCAGUUUUGCCUCCACAAAGACCUACACAGUGUCCUGGAGGAGGCCAAGGCCUAUGUGACUCAAAGUUGCCAGCUGAGUAGAGCGAGCGAGGAUCAAGUUACAGACUCUCCCAAAACCACACCACCAGAGUCGACGGUGGAGCGGCCUUGCUAUGGAGAGGAGGCCUACAGUGCCAUCGCUGGCUGGAUCAGAGAGCCUCCUGUUAGUAGUCUGGAGGUGCGCUUCACCCCACAGGCUGAGAGGGAGUUAGCAGACUUCCUUCCCACUCACCUGUCAGGACCCUCUGAAAGCGACCGACCCAGGUUCAAGUUUCUUCGCAGUCCAGAGGAGGCUGCUGCCGCCAUCAGAGGGGUGCUGUCAGCAGACCCACGGUCAGUCUACAGGAGGACACGCUGCAGAGACAGACUCUUCUUCUUCACCCUGGACACAGCUGACAUCACCUGCUGGUUUGGACAAGGCUUUGCUGAGGUACUGCAGGUCCGACCUGUUGAGCAACACAUUGCUUCAAUGUGAGAAACCCUUUCAGUGAAAGCUUCAGAGCUGGAAAGACUCCGUUUUCAUGUUUAUUGAGAAACAUAAACAGACCCUGUCAAAUGUUGCACAACUCAACAUUUCCAGGUAAUUUCUCUACUGACAAAUGUGUAUUUAAAUGGUAAAAUCAUUUAAAAUCAGACAUAUAAAAGACGAGGUACAUUUAAUUUUGUAUUAGUACAUUAAAUAAAAGAUUUUUGAAACAGAA